AUGUGUUUGCUAAUUCACAGUAUUUCAGUGCACAAAAGGAGUAAUGCGUACGGAGACGAAGCGGUGGCCCCGCCAGCACCGUACGCGGGAGCGAUGCCUGCACCUGCGGAACAACCUCCAGCACCAGCACCGCAACCAGUAGCAGCUCCAGCUCCAGUGGAAUCCAGUGGAUAUCGAAAGAAGCGAAACAAUGGCUACGGAGACGAGGCUGUAGCUCCACCACCAGCACCAGCAGCGCCAAUGCCGGCUCCUGCGGAACAAGCUCCAGCACCAGCAGAGCAACCUCUGGCCGCUCCAGCUCCAGUGGAAUCCAGCGGAUACAGGAAAAAGAGGAAUAACGCAUACGGCGAUGAAGCGUUGGCUCCAACAGCAGCCCCUGCAGCGCCAAUGCCCGCUCCGGCUGAGAUGGCUCCGGCACCAGCAGCGCAACCGCUGGCAGCCCCCGCUCCAGUAGAAUCCAGCGGAUACAGAAAGAAGAGGAACAAUGCUUACGGUGACGAGGCUGUAGAGCCAGCAGCAGCCCCUGCGGCACCAAUGCCAGCGCCAGCAGAACAAGCUCCAGCACCAGCCCCUCAACCAUUGGCCGCUCCAGCCCCCGUAGAAUCCAGCGGGUACAGGAAGAAGCGAAAUAAUGGCUACGGUGACGAGGCUGUAGCUCCAGCACCAGCGCCAGCUGCACCGAUGCCUGCUCCUGCGGAACAAGCUCCAGCACCAGCAGCGCAACCGUUGGCAGCUCCCGCUCCGGUAGAAUCUAGUGGUUAUAGGAAAAAGAGGAACAAUGCUUAUGGUGACGAGGCUGUAGCUCCAGCACCAGCCCCCGUGGCACCAAUGCCUGCUCCUGCAGAACAAGCACCAGCACCAGCAGCGCAACCGCUGGCAGCUCCCACUUCGGUAGAAUCCAGCGGCUAUUAG